CCUGGCGGCCGCGCGCGGCGGGGAGGAAGCGCACGGGGCGCGCGGGGCGGAGCCUCUCCCGGCCGGAAGGAGCGCGCGGACACCGGGACCCUCGGGGGCAACAUGCCCAACUUCCUCCUGGCGCUUCAGACCCACAGCGGCGCCGCGGAGGCGCGGGCGCGGGUGCGGGAGCAGGACUUAAGGCAGUGGGGCCUGACAGGGGUUCAUCUCCGCUCUUACCAACUGGAGGGAGUCAAUUGGCUGGCCCAGCGCUUCCAUGGUCAGAAUGGCUGCAUCCUGGGAGAUGAGAUGGGCCUGGGUAAGACCUGCCAGACUAUUGCGCUCCUCAUUUACUUGUCAGGAAGACUGAAUGAUGAAGGGCCAUUCCUGAUUGUUAGCCCCUUGUCUGUUUUGAGCAACUGGAAAGAAGAGAUGGAGAGAUUUGCUCCAGGUCUUUGCUGUGUGGCGUAUACAGGUGACAAGGAAGAGAGAACCCACGUACAGCAAGACCUGACCCAGGCAUCGCGUUUUCAUGUGUUGCUGGCUACCUAUGAGGUUUGUUUGAAAGAUGCAUCAUUUCUAAAAUCCUUCUCUUGGAGUAUGCUUGUUGUGGAUGAAGCUCACAGGCUGAAAAACCAAAGCUCUUUGCUGCAUAAGACACUUUCAGAGUUCUCAGUUGUCUUCCGUCUCCUGCUGACCGGAACUCCCAUCCAGAACAAGCUCCAAGAGCUGUACGCCCUCCUCAGUUUUGUGGAGCCUGACAUCUUUCCCAGGGAGCAGGUAGAAGAUUUUGUUCAGCGUUACCAGGACAUUGAGAAAGAGUCUGAGUCAGCAAGUGAACUACACAAACUCUUGCAACCAUUUCUGCUGAGGCGAGUGAAAGCUGAGGUAGCCCCGGAGCUUCCCAAGAAGACAGAAGUAGUGAUAUACCACGGCCUGUCAGCCCUGCAGAAAAAGUACUACAAGGCCAUUUUGAUGAAAGACCUAGAUGCAUUUGAAAAUGAGAUGGCAAAGAAAGUUAAACUACAGAAUGUCUUGUCUCAGCUGCGGAAGUGCGUGGAUCACCCAUAUUUGUUUCAUGGUGUGGAACCAGAACCUUUUGAAAUCGGAGACCACCUGAUUGAGGCCAGUGGGAAACUUCACCUGCUGGAUAAGCUGCUUGCGUUCCUGUAUUCCAGGGGCCAUCGAGUUUUACUUUUCUCCCAGAUGACCCAGAUGUUGGAUAUUCUCCAAGACUACAUGGAUUACAGAGGCUACAGCUACGAGCGUGUGGAUGGUUCCGUGAGAGGAGAAGAGAGACACCUGGCCAUUAAGAACUUCGGACAGCAGCCCAUUUUUGUUUUCCUCCUGAGUACUAGGGCAGGUGGAGUUGGCAUGAACUUAACAGCAGCAGAUACAGUUAUUUUUGUUGACAGUGAUUUCAAUCCUCAGAAUGACUUGCAAGCAGCUGCCCGGGCUCACCGAAUUGGCCAGAACAAGUCUGUUAAAGUGAUUCGGCUGAUUGGCAGAGAUACCGUGGAAGAAAUAGUCUGUAGGAAAGCUGCCUCCAAGCUGCAGCUCACCAACGCGAUCAUUGAGGGGGGCCAUUUCACCCUGGGAGCCCAGAAGCCCGCGGGCGAUGCUGACCUCCAGUUGAGUGAGAUCCUCAAGUUCGGUUUGGAUAAACUGCUGUCCUCUGAGGGGAGCACCAUGGAGGACAUAGAGCUGGAGUGUAUCCUGGGAGAAACAGAAGAUGGUCGGUGGGUCUCUGAUGCCUCACCUACAGCGGAAGAAGGAAGCAGAGAGCAAGAGGAAGGAAAAAACCAUAUGUACUUAUUUGAAGGGAAAGACUAUUCUAAGGAGCCUAGUAAAGAAGACAGGAAAUCAUUCGAGCAACUGGUGAAUCUGCAGAAAACCCUUUUGGAGAAAACUAGUGAAGAGGGCCCGUUACUCAGAAAUAAAGGCCGUGUUCUCAUCCCAGGCCUGCUGGAGGGGUCUACCAAAAGGAAGCGAAUUCUAAGCCCAGAAGAGCUGGAAGACAGACGAAAGAAAAGACAGGAAGCAGCAGCCAAGCGAAGGAGACUACUAGAGGAGAAAAAGAAGAAGAAGGAAGAAGCGGAACAUCAGAAAAAGAUGGCCUGGUGGGAGUCCAACAAUUACCAGUCAUUCUGCCUGCCUUCCGAGGAGAGCGAAUCAGAGGACCUGGAGGACGAGGAAGAGGAGAGCUCUGCACAACUGGGCCACGAAGAGUCACACUCGACGUCCAUCAUGUACGUCAGCGGUGAUGUCACCCACCCACAGGCCGGGGCGGAGGACGCGAUCAUCGUACACUGCAUCGAUGACUCAGGCCGCUGGGGCAGAGGUGGUUUAUUCACAGCUCUGGAAAAACGAUCCGCUGAGCCAAGAAAAGUAUAUGAGCUGGCUGGGAAAAUGAAAGACUUGAAUUUGGGAGGCGUCCUUUUAUUUCCUAUUGAUGAUAAAGAAUCAAGAAACAAAGGGCAAGAUUUGUUGGCCUUGAUUGUGGCUCAACACCGUGACCACUCCAAUGCCCUCUCUGGCAUUAAGAUGGCAGCCCUAGAAGAAGGCCUGAAGAAGAUAUUUUUAGCAGCAAAGAAAAAGAAAGCGAGUGUCCAUCUCCCACGCAUUGGACACGCCACGAAAGGUUUUAACUGGUAUGGUACUGAGCGACUGAUUCGGAAACACUUGGCCGCAAAAGGCGUCCCAACCUACAUUUACUACUUUCCUAGAAACAAGGCUGCCGCCCUUCACGCCCAGCGCCCCUCUGCCUCAGGACAGCUGCUGCCUUAACCGGCCCCGCCUCACACCCGCCUGCAGCAGCCCCUGAGAAGAGACCCGCUCAGAGCUACUGCACCAGUAUUGCAGAAGGAAUCAGGACCCAGUGGACCUCGGCUCGACUCCUUUUCUGAAUUCUAACUUGGUUCUCCCGGUUGUGGUUUCUCGGGUCUGGUACCUGCCACACGGGUGUGGCCCUCACUCCGGGGAGGCCUCUGGCAGGUUGGCAGGGCCCCGGGUUGCAUAGCUGUUUGAAUAAUGGUUUCAUUGCUUUCUUUCCCCUCAGUCUAGUUUUCUUCUUCUCCGUCUGACUGAUUGCAUUGUAGAGGGAAAGGCUGUAUGGAUUAAGGAGAAAUGAAAGGUAACAGAAGAGGGUGGCUCUGGGAGAAGGAAGCACCUUCGGCCAGUUCAUGCCAUGAUAAGACUCUAAGGGGCAGAGGCUGAGAAGUGAGGCUCCUGAUCCAGAAGCGUGGAGGCCUCCUGCCCUUCUUUUCACACUGCUCAGCGUCGAGACCUAGAGUACACGUCGGCCUAAAAGCCUGGCACAUGUGACUGGGAAGCCAGAGGCUCUUCUUGCCCUUUCCCACCAAACUCAGUCUAGCCUCAAGAAAACAGGGAAUCGUGGGCAUGGCACAGAGCUGCCACAGGAUGCCAGGAUGGGGAAGGCAGGGGGCCGAGACCACCGGAGACGGCGUCUUGGGGGUGGACAC